ACUGGGAUGACCAGAAACAAAAUGGAUUUUCCAAAAUUGAUAAUUUAAGCAAAAUGCUGGAAGUAAUAUAUACAGGUAAUUUAAUGAUUUAAUGUUUUUCUCAAUUUACCUGAAAAUAGAACUUAUAAAGUAGGGUCAGUGCCAUUCGAGAUAAACAAUUGUUUAUUGUUCCUUAUAUUUGCAUGCAUGUACAUAUAAACAAAAAAAUUCCUAAUACAAAGAAAGUAUCUUUCCAUUCUUGUCUAAUAUAAACAGAAAUUUGAAGUCUUGUAUAUAUAUAUAUACACACACCAUAGCAUGCCACUUCUAUAAACAGCUCUUGUUAUAACUUAUAUCUGUAUCGUUGAAUAUAUCCUAUGUAUUACAGCACCCAACUGUCAAAUUGCUGGCUCUUCACUCGUUUGGCCCGUGUCUUCAAAUAUCAGGGGUCAGCCGCACAGGAUGGAGGAAAGAUUGCUGGCGUGGCUGUAGAUUCUGAAUAAUGGUUCAGUUUAUCUGGUUCCUUGGCUGUGUAACUCACGUGUGCUAAUAUUGGUGUAGGAGAUUUCGAUUACGUAAAGAGAGUGAGAGACAGGUGGAAAAAAAUAUGAAUUAAUCCCUUGCCGCCAGGCUGUGGGUUUCGCCUUCAGUCAACAUGCCUGAAAAAACGGAGGUAGUGCUUGGCGGGACGAAACGCUUUGAGUGUCAAGUUAUCGGUUUUCCUCGUCCCGAUAUCAAGUGGUAUAAGGAUGGCAGUGAAAUUACCCAUGAUCCUCGGUACAAAAUUGGUCAUGGGCGGGACGGGACAAUCUCGCUGGUUAUUGAGAAGAUUUCACAGAGAGACGAAGGAUGUUACCGCUGUCGGGCCCAGAAUUCCGAGGGAAUGGCGUCCACUGCCGCUUACCUGUUUGUUAGAAUGAAAAAGACUAGUCAUACAGAAGAAAGCACAUCAGUUCACUCCAUGUCAUUCAGCGUAAUUGAUGAUGAUGACCUACAUUUCGAGAAAUCUGAAUUUCAACGAGAGCAGUACGAAACAAAAAUCGAACAACUUGAAAAUCAAUCUUACGGGAGUAUGGGGAUUCGUGACUUUACUGCAAGGACUUAUGGUGACCAGGGAAUCAUCCAAGUGGAACGGGAAACGGAACUGAUCACGGAAAUAACGACUGGAAGAGCAGAAGGAAGUGACAGAAGUUCCGGUUCUGAGUCCAGUGAUGAGUUCGAUCGACUGGAAAAUAUGAAAAGUAAGAUUGAGUACAUGGCGAAAAUGUAUGAAGAGAUCGGAGAUUUGUCGCACAAACGAUCGCACAAUGCUGUCGAUUCUAGUACAAGCAUUACUGAAAAUGCAGAGAGCAGAGAUGCAAAAAUAUCUGAUGUGGAAAUCAAAACAGAAGAAAGCUCUUAUUCGAAAAAGAGCAAGUUUGAUUAUGAAUUGUCGGUGUCAGAAAGCAAAGAGCAAAUAUUAAAAUCUAGUAAUGCUGUUGAAAGUGAAGAGUGGAUCUCUAGCACAAAGGAGGAAAUUACAAUCAAAGAAGAAAAGGAGGUAAAGAUUGAAGAGAAAAGAUCUGAAUUAGCAAAAACGGUUGAAUCUGAAAGUAAUGUAUCCGAAUCAAGAGAAGAAUCUGAAAGUAUUAAAAAGGAGGAAAUUCGGAUCAAGGAAGAAUCUGAAAAUAUUAAAAAGGAGGAAAUUAGGAUCAAGGAAGAAUCUGAAAAUAUUAAAAAGGAGGAAAUUUGGAUCAAGGAAGAAAUGGAAGAAAAGAUCAGAGAGCAAGAAAUCAAAUUAGCAAAAAUGGUUGAAUCUGAAAGUACGGUUACUGAAACAAGGGAAGAAUCUCUCAUAAUCAAAAAGGAGGAAAUUAAGAUAAAGGAAGAAAGUGAAGAAAAGACGAAACAGCAGGAAGCAAUGUUAACAAAACUGGCUGGAUCUGAAGUUAGUGUAACUGAAGCAAAAGAAGAAUCGAGCACAACAGUGAAGGAGGAAAUUAAAAUCGAAGAAGAAAUUCAAGAAAGAAUGAAAGAGAGAGAAGAUGAGUUAGCAAAACUGGUGGGAUCUGAAAGCAGUAUUUCUGAAACAAGAAAAGAAUCUCAAACAAUGGAGUCGUUGGAAUUAAACUUCAAAAGUGACAUUGAGGAAAAGGCGUAUGACGUAAAUAAGGAUAUUUCUUCAACGGUUGAAACUUCAGAAACUGAAACCAGACAAGUAAAAAGAUCUGUCCAUUUUGAUAGCUCAGUGGAAACAACAGAGACAACUCAUGACCAAGCUGAGGAGAACUUGGUAGUGUCGAGCUCUUCUGAGGUGGAAAAUAAAGAAGAAGAAAAAUCUAGUCAUUUGGAUUCAUCCAUAGUAACCAUGGAAACCAAGACCCAUGAUCAGCCUGAAGAAGGUUUGUCUGUGACAAGCACAUCUCACGUUGAAAAUAAAGAAACAGUGAGAACUAGUGGUAUAGAAGUAUCUGUGGAAACCAUGGAAACUGUGUCACAUGAUAAAGAAAAAGAGUUGCUAUUGGUCGAAUUUGAAACCAGAAUUGAAUCUUCUAGUGCCGACACUGAAACAGACUCCAGUGAAUUGGACUUUAGUUCCGACAAAUCAUCUACUACAAAUGUUGACACGGUUAUUGAAGAAAACAAAAAGAAAAUAUGUGAAGAGAAUAUUGAUCAAAAAGUGGAAGAAACUGAGUUAAUUUCAGAUAUAGAUUCAAGUUCUGCUGAAUGUGAAGUCUUGGAUACAAGUUCACUGAAACAACAAUAUGUUGUACAACAGCCAGAAAACAAAGCAGAUGAAUUGGCACUGGACAGUGACCGAGAUUCGAAUGUAAAUUUAUUUAACCUGUCACCAAAGGAAGGGUCACCUGUGACUGCCUCGGAGAUAACUGAAGCUGGAGCUUAUUCAAAAUCGGAGGAAUUAGUUACAGGUGCAACUGUCGAAGUUCACGAUUCAGUGGAAGAAAGCUUUUUGGAUUCAUCCAUAUCAAAAGAAGAAGUUGCGUCCACCAGUCUAGGUUACGACAGUGGAAUCUUUGACAUGUCGUUGAGAGAUUCACUUUUGAGAGGCGACGAAAGUGUUGUUGAUUCAUCUUUGAAUGAAUCUGCCAACGUAUUAGAUGUUUUAACCAGUCUUCAGUCAGCGGUCGAGCAAAUGGAAGAAGAGAGAAAAGAUUUAGCUUCAAAACAAAGUGUUCUCGGUCACACGGAAGAAAUAACGGAAGAUAGCAGUUCGUAUGUCGAAGAAAAAUCAGAUGACGGUAUGCAAAAAGUUAAUGUCACUGAAGAAACGGAAAGUACAGAACGUACCGAAAUAUCGGAAUUUUCUGUAAUGAAAGCAGAUGAAAUUCUCGCACAAGCUCUAGCUGAACGGACAGAAAAGAUUUCAAGAGAAGAUGUCGCCAUGGCAAUUGAGAAAUUAGCAUUUGGCGAUUCUGUGGAUCCAGUUGAAUUUUCAAGCAGCAGAGCAGAAAUGAGGAUGAUGGAAACGAGGACAGAGGAGCUUGAUGUUGACGAACAGAAAGAAAAAAUGGCAGAAUUACAAGCUGUGAACGAACAACGGCCAACCUAUGUUGAAAAGGUUGAAGAAGAAAAACUAGAAGCUGGCUCUCAUGAAGUGUGUCUGAUUGAAGGGUCAAAUGUAACAACAACAACAACAACAACAACAAAUGAAAUAUCCACAGCAGACGUCACAACAGAUGAAAUAGCUUACGAGAAAACGACAAUAAGAGAUGAUAAAAAAGAAUCGACCACUGAUCAGCAAGAACUCUAUUAUAAAGAAGAGACUGUGGGAAAUGUUAAAGAAAUUGUGGACGAAAAAAAAUCUACAGUUUCAGUUGAAAAACAGACCGACAUUGUAACAAAUAUCCACGAGCAAAUGUCAUCGUUCAUCGAUGAGGCUUCCAUGGAGGAUAUAGCCGCUCUCACUGAACUUAGCACAGAUAAUCUGCAAUCUGCUGGGGAAACAAUGGCUGACACUGCUGACCUUCAGAAAUCUGCAGUCGUCGUCAGGGCAACCAAGAGCCACAGUGACACACUUGUUGAGCAGAUGGAUGGAGAGAAAGAAACCCGGGAUCUUGAAGGAAUGCCGGUGGAGGCUUCUGAGGUCAGUCAGUCAAAACAGAACUCGGAAACCAAGACCGACUCUGCAGACGUCAACGCUGGGCUAAUUUUACAUGCCGAGGGUAGCGUUGAGAAUAGUCCGUCUGACAAGCAGACGCCACCUGGUGGAGGAGAAGGAUUUACACUGAGUACCAAGGUGGAGAUUUCAGAAUCACAGAAUCCAACUGAAGAGGUGUUUAGACUGCGGACGGAAGUAGGUGUUUCUGGAACAGAAUAUGGGAAGGAGGAGUUGAACAUUUCUUCUUCUGUGUCGUCAUCACAAGUGGAAACAGACGCCACACUGGCGCCCCCUACAAUCACAUCGGUGUCUGAGGAUGUCUCGGUGAAGGCAGGGGAGACAAUUCAUCUUUCAUCUGAAGUCCAAGGUAACCCUCAGCCUGAAGUGAAAUGGUUCAAGGCGGGUGACACGGUCAAAUCGACCGAGCGCAUCUCUGUGACGACGGAUAAUGACACGUACACUCUUGAGAUCACAGAGGCUGGAGUCGAGGACGGCGGGACCUAUACUCUGACGGCUCACAACUCAGAGGGGACUAUUUUCAGUGACGUCCAGGUCUUCGUGGACAUUGAAGAACCUGAGGGUGGUGCUAGUGGCGGUGGUGGGGAUGUGGGAAUUACUGUUAGUCUGACUGCUCCAGAGUUUGUUGUGAAACCUGAAGAUAUCACGGUAACAGAGUUUGAACAGGUCAAACUCAUCUGUUCCGUGAAAGGUGCUCCUACGCCUGAGGUGACAUGGUCUAAAGAAGGCCGUCGUCUGCAGUCUGACAAUCAUAUUCGUGUGUACGAGUCUGACGGUUGUCACUACCUCGAGAUACCGCAGACGUCGGCGCUCGACUCGGGAGAAUACCAGUGUACCGCGACCAACGACCAGGGCAAUGUGUCGUGUCAUCUUGUGCUUCGAGUUGAAGGUGCUACAGAGGAAAGUGGUUUAUCGACAGGGGAGGACCCCAGGACUGCCCUGUCGCCGCGGGCAUCUGAACGUUCAGACACAGACGUUAGUAACAGUGCUACCGUUCGCUAUAUGAAGCUUGUGGCUGCGAUGGCAGCAUUCUCGCUCGUUGCAUUUGGCAUCAAUAAGGCUGAGAAUUUCCUGCAGGUGUUUGUGAUGACAUCGUCCCACACGGACUACAGCACCAAUGUGACGCUGAGUUCCGGCGACACCGUGGAGGUGCUCGACUCCACUCAGAAGACCGGGGAAUGGCUCGUCAGGAAGGUCGACGACAAGGAACAGGUUGCCUAUAUACCGCAGAGUCUGUUGAAAAGGCAAGACAAUGGAUCUAACAAAUCAAAUGAGCUCACCAUUCAGGAAGACAGCCCCUCACAAAGACGACGUGAGCGCAGGUUAUCGCGAUCACCGAGUCACCGCGGUUCCAGCGAACAGGAGCCAGAAACAUCAGAGGACGAAAGUGGCAGAGUUUGUCUGAAAGAGACGUUUCCUGUGUACGUUGUGAUUGCCGACUUCAAUCCCGCAGAGAAUGACAGUGACGGUCUCCGCCUGAUCGAGGGUCAAUUUGUGGAGGUCCUGGACAUGGAACGGCCUGACCGCUGGCUAGUCCGAACCAAGCCAACCAAGACCAGUCCAGGCAAAGAAGGCUGGGUUCCGUCUGGCUAUCUGGACCUGAAGACUGCUGUAAGUAUGAAGAAAUCAACGCAGGAGUCGUUCAGAGAAGACAUCAUCCAGAUCAAAAACAAACAGCAGGAGGCGUCACUCAAGAGAAGGUAUGCACUGACAGAGUUGUUGGAGACGGAACGUGACUACAUCAGAGACUUACUACAUCUGAUUGAGAAGUACCAGAAAGGAUUUGAGCAGGAAAACUUACCUCACGUGCUGAAGAAUCAAAGGGAGACGAUCUUUGCCAAUAUCCAAGAGAUUUACAACUUCCACAAAGAAAUAUUCCUGACAGCACUAACUAUGAUCACAGGAAUGCCCGGAAAAACAGCCUCUGUCUUUCUCGAGAUGAGAGAACAUUUCCUCAAGUAUGUUUCAUUUUGUCACGGUCGCGAAAUUGCUGAAUUUUUCUUGGACACCGAAGAGGCAAAAGAAUUUUGUAAGCUUCAUUACUCACAAGCUACGUUCAGUCACAAGAUUGGAGACAGUGCCACUGCUCUAAAAGAUUUCCUACAGAAACCCAUGGAACGACUCGUCGAGUACAAAAUAUUUCUAAAGGAUUUUCUCCGCUACACGUCGCGAGCUGGCGAUAAUUGUCAAGAAGCAGAGGCGGCGAUUUCGAUGCUGAACGAGGUGAUAAAAUUGAUUAAACAGACUGAGUUGAUACAACAGAUAGAGGGACUGGCUCAAGACUGCGGUCCACUCACAAGAGAUACUGAGUUGAUGCAACAGAUAGAAAGACUGGCUCAAGACUGCGGUCCACUCACAAGAGAUGUAAGUUGUAAAUAUGUUAAACAGACUGAGUUGAUGCAACAGAUAGAAAGACUGGCUGAAGACUGCAGACCACUCACAAGAGAUGUAAGUUGUAAAUAUGUUAAACAGACUGAGUUGAUGCAACAGAUAGAAAGACUGGCUCAAGACUGCGGUCCACUCACAAGAGAUGUAAGUUGUAAAUAUGUUAAACAGACUGAGUUGAUGCAACAGAUAGAAAGACUGGCUGAAGACUGCAGACCACUCACAAGAGAUGUAAGUUGUAAAUAUGUUAAACAGACAGAGUUGAUGCAACAGAUAGAAAGACUGGCUCAAGACUGCGGUCCACUCACAAGAGAUGUAAGUUGUAAAUAUGUUAAACAGACUGAGUUGAUGCAACAGAUAGAGGGACUGGCUCAAGACUGCGGUCCACUCACAAGAGAUGUAAGUUGUAAAUAUGUUAAACAGACUGAGUUGAUGCAACAGAUAGAAAGACUGGCUCAAGACUGCGGUCCACUCACAAGAGAUGUAAGUUGUAAAUAUGUUAAACAGACUGAGUUGAUGCAACAGAUAGAAAGACUGGCUCAAGACUGUGGUCCACUCACAAGAGAUGUAAGUUGUAAAUAUGUUAAACAGACUGAGUUGAUGCAACAGAUAGAAAGACUGGCUCAAGACUGCGGUCCACUCACAAGAGAUGUAAGUUGUAAAUAUGUUAAACAGACUGAGUUGAUACAACAGAUAGAAAGACUGGCUGAAGACUGCAGACCACUCACAAGAGAUACUGAGUUGAUACAACAGAUAGAAAGACAGGCUGAAGACAGCAGACCACUCACAAGAGAUGUAAGUUGUAAAUAUGUUAAACAGACUGAGUUGAUGCAACAGAUAGAAAGACUGGCUGAAGACUGCAGACCACUCACAAGAGAUACUGAGUUGAUGCAACAGAUAGAGGGACUGGCUCAAGACUGCGGUCCACUCACAAGAGAUGUAAGUUGUAAAUAUGUUAAACAGACUGAGUUGAUGCAACAGAUAGAAAGACUGGCUCAAGACUGUGGUCCACUCACAAGAGAUACUGAGUUGAUACAACAGAUAGAAAGACUGGCUCAAGACUGUGGUCCACUCACAAGAGAUGUAAGUUGUAAAUAUGUUAAACAGACUGAGUUGAUGCAACAGAUAGAAAGACGGGCUCAAGACUGUGGUCCACUCACAAGAGAUGAUGACAUGUUGAUGUGGGAUUGUGCUGACCCGGGGUCGGUGAGGGGCAAGGAACGACAUUUGUUCCUCUUUGCUGACAAACUACUUCUGACCAAACGAAGGAAGCCAGAUCUACCCACAGACAUGCCGACCUUCAUGUUCAAAACACUCAUAGAACUACAAAACAUUCAGAUCAAUGAAACGGUGAGUGAUGACGAACGCAGGUUUGAACUCUGGUAUGCUGAGCCGACGUCGGAGAAACUAACUUUCCAGGCAAGAAACAUCUAUGCUAAACAGGCGUGGGUCAAGGACAUCCGCGAGGCACUCAACAAACUUGGAAUUGUCGACACUGACAUUAAGUUGACUGAUAUGCCAGCGGAGAAAAGUAAGACCCCUUCCCCAGUGUCUGUUCUCAAGAAGAAACCCGUACAGAAUGGAGGGACAGAUUCGGAGCUCUCUGGCGAAAUUACAGACUCAGAAUCAGACAGAAAAACAGAUGACUACAUGUCCAUCAGUUCUGUGGAGACGGAACUCUCAUACCACACCGCCCAGGAGUUUGAGGACGGAUCAUCUCGUCCUGUGUUUCGACGCCGACCCCGUAAAACAGUGUGUACAGAAGGGACAACAGCUAAGCUUGACUGUGUUGUUGGUGGUCUACCACUUCCGACUGUUGUUUGGCUUCGAAACAAUCAGCCAAUAGAAGACUCAGACAAUUACAAAUCUGUUGCCGAGGGCGAUGUGUGCACUCUUCAGUUUGUGAAGGUAAAAUCGAAGGACAGUGGGCAGUACACAGCCAAAGCAACCAAUGUGAACGGAUCGAUUCUCAGCACAGCAGACCUUGUGGUCAUCGAAGAAUUAGUUGAUCACAAUGGAUUUCCUGAAUCACAGUGUGAAACAGAAAAAGAGGUUUCUAAAGAGGUAGAACCAGAGCUAGUCAAGGAACCAGAACCAGUCAAGGAACCAGAACCAGAACCUAUUAAAGAACCAGAACCAGUCAAAGAACUAGAGCCAGUUAAGGAACCAGAGCCAGUCAAAGAACCAGAGCCAGUCAAAGAACCAGAGCCAGUCAAAGAACCAGAACCGGUUAAAGAGCCAGAACCUGUUAAAGAACCUACACCAGAACCAGUCAAGGAACCAGAGCCAGUCAAAGAACCAGAACCGGUUAAGGAACCUACACCUGAGCCAGUUAAAGAACCAGAGCCAGUCAAAGAAGCAGAACUAUUCAAGGAACCUACACCAGAGCUAGUCAAGGAACCAGAACCAGAGCCAGUCAAGGAACCAGAACCAGAGCCAGUCAAGGAACCAGAACCAGAACCAGAGCCAGUCAAGGAACCAGAACCAGAGCCAGAGCCAGUCAAGGAACCAGAACCAGAGCCAGUCAAGGAACCAGAACCAGAGCCAGAGCCAGUCAAGGAACCAGAACCAGAACCAGAACCAGAACCAGAGCCAGUCAAGGAACCAGAAUCAGAACCAGAGCCAGAGCCAGUCAAGGAACCAGAACCAGAGCCAGAGCCAGUCAAGGAACCAGAACCAGAGCCAGUCAAGGAACCAGAACCAGAACCAGAGCCAGUCAAGGAACCACAACCAGAACCAGAGCCAGUCAAGGGACCACAACCAGAACCAGAGCCAGUCAAGGAACCGGAACCAGAACCAGAGCCAGUCAAGGAACCAGAGCCAGUCAAGGAACCAGAACCAGUCAAGGAACCAGAGCCAAAACCAGUCAAGGAACCAGAACCAGAAGCAGUCAAGGAACCAGAACCAGAAGCAGUCAAGGAACCAGAAGCAGUCAAGGAACCAGAGCCAGUCAAGGAACCAGAACCAGUCAAGGAACCAGAACCUGUUAAAGAACCUACACCUGAGCCAAUUAAAGAACCAGAGCCAGUCAAGGAACCUACACCAGAGCCAGUUAAGGAACCAGAAUCAGUUAAAAAACCAGAGCCAGUUAAAAAACCAGAACCAGUCAAGGAACCUACACCAGAGCCAGUUAAAAACCCAGAACCUGUCCAGGAACCUACACCAGAGCCAGUUAAGGAACCAGAACCAGUCAAGGAACCUACACCAGAGCCAAUUAAGGAACCAGAACCAGUUAAAAAACCAGAGCCAGUUAAAAAACCAGAGCCAGUUAAAGAGCCAGAGCCAGUUAAGGAACCAGAGCCAGUCAAAGAACCUACACCAGAGCCAGUUAAAGAACCUACACCAGAGCCAGUUAAAGAACCUACACCAGAGCCAGUUAAAGAACCUACACCAGAGCCAGUUAAAGAACAAGAACCGGUUAAGGAACCAGAGCCAGUUAAAGAACAAGAACCGGUUAAGGAACCAGAGCCAGUUAAAGAAGAUAAAACCGGGUCUGAACCUGUAUCAUGUAUUAAUGAAUAUCUAACUGAAAACGACCUUGACUUUAUAAGUGCUGCUACAGAAAAGAAACCAGUCUCGGUCAGACCAGGAGAGGGCCGUGCUCCAGUAGUCUUCAAGAUGAUGGAUGACUGCCACGUGCAGCUGGGAAACCUCGCCCGGUUCGACUGUCGGGUCUGCGCCUACCCUGAUCCUGAGAUUACUUGGGAGAAGGACGGGAAAGUGGUGAAACCGAACGAUCACUUUGAGCUGAUCAACACGAACGACGACAUCUUCUCACUGCUCAUCAAGUCAGUACAGGAAGACGAUGGCGGACGAUACACAUGUCUCGCUAAGAACGAGUUCGGCGAGGCGCGCACAGAGGCCUUACUCAACGUCAUCGUUCCAAAAGACACGGUAGAUAAGGGCGAAAUCGCUCCGUCAUUCGUCACAAAAUUCUACGACGUUGAAUGCACAGAGGGUGUCCCUAUUGAAUUCAUGUGCAUCAUUGCGGGAAAACCUGACCCCUCUGUGACCUGGCUUCACAACGGGAAGGAAAUCAAGAUGUCGUAUGACGUGACGACGCGACGUAAAAACGACCAGUGCCUCCUGGCAUUCAGACUCAUCCAGCUGAUCGACUCAGGGGAGAUAACCUGUGUGUUGAAGAAUGCACUCGGUGAGGCGAGGUGCAAGGCGGGUCUCGUUGUCAGGGAAGACAUCUUGAAAUUCGGGGUCCCACCUCUGUUUGUGAGGGAGAUCGCCGACACAGACACGACCGUCGGAGAUUCGGUGACCUUCAAGUGUGAGGUUGAAGGUGACCCUGAACCCAAGGUCACAUGGUACUUCAACAGAAGGGAAUUGUUUGAGUCUAAGCGUCGGAUCAUCAAGCAUGAUGGAACCCGCCACUCUCUCACACUGCGGGACGUGUACCCAUCUAAUGAGGGAGAAUACAUCGCCAAAGCCGUUAAUGUCGCGGACGAGGCGGAGACCAAAGCUUGGCUGAGUGUGUACGAACCACGCGACAAGUCGCCAUCUCCAAUAUCAUAUGGACUCCGUCCGGAACUGAAAAAAGAGUAUGGCUUCCCGCCUUCCUUCACCCGGAGACUGGCGGACGCGCGCGUUCAACCCGGGGAGAAUGCCUAUUUCGAGUGUCGCACCAUCGGAGUCCCCGAGCCGGAUGUGGAGUGGUAUAAAGACGGGAAGUUGGUCACAGGAGACAACCACAUCGAGGUCGGCCGCGACGGACCGACGGCUUUUCUUACAGUGUACAACGCGACAGAUGAUGAUAUGGGGGAAUACCUGUGUACUAUUUAUAAUGAUGCAGGGAAAGCGACAAAUGUUGCGACGUUGACAGUCCGAGCUGAGAAGAAACGAGAAAUUCCAAGAUACUCCCCCGAGAGAUACACAGUUCCGGAAUACGUACCGCUCGUGUCGUUACGAGACUUGGCAGAAGAUAAAAUACCCACAAUACCCGUGGACAAGCCUGUUCUGCUGGAAGUUCGCAACGACUCGGUCAAACUGUCAUGGCUGCCGGCCUACACCUCGGGUCUGCCCGACAAUGCUGGGCCGUGUUCCUACAUCGUGGAGGCCCGCAAACUCCCUAGCAACCGCUGGUCGAGGCUUGGGUCAGAUAUAUUUAGCACGACGUUCUUCGCGCGAGAUCUCUCCCCAGAUAAAGAGUAUGACUUCAGAAUCAGGGCUGAGAAUCGGUUUGGUUACAGUGAACCAACAGUUGCCGCAACUCUGCAUAGAAGAGAAGAACCUAAACAUGAUCUUCGUUAUGGACGAGAAGAAAUUCUAGCCCCACCGGUGCUCCCUACUGUAUCUCCAUACAUCACGGACAUGAGCGAGGAUACUGUUCGGUUGUCAUGGAAACCACCAGAGCAGGAUUACGGCCGGGCUGAUCUGCCUCCGAUUUCGUACCGUCUCGAGGCACAGGUCCUGCCGAAAGAGGAAUGGGUUCCAUUCUCCAGCCGUAUCACAGAGCCGAACUACUACCUGUCUGACCUGGAACACGACAGGGACUACAUGUUUCGUGUCCGAGCAGAGAACAAAUAUGGCAUCAGUGAGCCAACAAGACCGUUGUGGCUGCCAAGAGCGGAAGCCUUCCCUGGCAUCCCGAUCAGCCGGCCCCGGAUCGUCGACAUCGAGCCGGACUCUGUGCGGUUGUCGUGGCGCCGGGUCAACAUCCCGGCGUUUGACCUGGAUGAGGAGCCUCUGCUGUACAUGGUGGAAAUACAGGAACCGCCGAGCUCGGACUGGCGGCGGAUAGCGCGACACCUGCGCACCACGGAGUACGUGGUCCGCGAUCUGACCCCUGGUCAGGACUACCGGUUCCGCAUCCGGUCUGAAUCGCCAGACGGUGAUGUUGGCGAGCCGUCGCCCGCGACCUCGCUAUACAGGUCUCUAGCGCAGUCGAGAGUUCCCAUCGACCGACUUGAAAUUGGUGAAUAUGAACCGGAAUACGAAACGGUGCGACUGUCAUGGAGGAAGGUCGAUAUCCCGCCAUACGACCUUGAUGAUGAGCCCUUGACCUACAUGAUAGAGCAGUGUGAACCAGCUAUCGGCGACUGGCGAUCGCUGGCCAGUGGCAUUCCCACGACGACGUACAGAAUCCCGGGAGUCAGUGCCACUGAUGAUUACCGGUUCCGUGUACGAGCUCUGAGCCCGUAUGGAAUUAGUCCACCUUCGUACCCAGCUGAUAUGUACAGAUCUCUCGCCCCAAUGCGGCCACUAGCCGAAAGUCUUCAAAUAACUGAUCUCCAACCAGAGGCGGUGAGGUUGGCAUGGCAACCUGUCAGUUACCAAUCACAAGAGCCAGUCAGGUAUCAGAUUGAAGGUUUGGAACCGCCCAGCUUAGAGUGGCGCCCCCUGGCAAGGGACAUAACUGACACCAGCUACCGCCUGACGGGACUGAGUCCACAGAGAGACUACUCGUUCCGAGUGCGGGCAGGAGACACGGAACCCACACCGCCUGUUUCCUUGACAACAUACCCAGUCCGACCAAGACUUCCAGUCAGGGAACCAAUCCUGUCGGAUAUCGAACCCACAUCUCUCCAGUUGUCAUGGCGACCGGCCGAGUUCCCGAUCUACAUGCGCCAGUACAUCCCAAUUAUGUACAGUGUGGAGAGUCAGUCGCUGCCCGACACCAACUGGGUGACUAUUGCCCGCCGCGUUCCCAAGGCGACAUAUCUCGUCACCGACCUCCGACCUGACCGCAACUACCGAUUCCGAGUCCGACCGGAGACGGAGUACGGGCCGGGAGAAUACAGCUUGCCCAUACAGCUGUACAGACGACAGGUUCUCUCCUUACCACCGAAAGAGCCAGUCAUAUCGGACGUCACACCCGAGUCCAUCAUGUUGUCAUGGCUACCAGCCAGAGUGCCCCACGCUGUGAUGACCCCGGUGACAUACCGAAUCGAGUCGAUGGAACCUCCCAGUGGUCGGUGGUCGACGGUAGCCACCUGCUUACCAUCCACCAGCUAUCCAGUCAAGUUCCUCAACCCCGAUCGAGAUUAUGUCUUCCGUAUCGUGGCCCAGGCUGACGGAGUGGAAAGCGAACCGACACCCGGCGCAUAUUUGCCUCACCGAUCAGGCCCACCAACAAUGUCCUCUGAGAUACCAUACAUCUCGGAUCUCCAGCCCGACUCUCUGAUGUUGUCAUGGCGAUCAGUGGAGCUGCCGUCGCGGAUCACCGACUACUCCCCGUGCACGUACCGUAUCGAGGUUCUCGAGGGACCGCUCAGUGACUGGCACGUACUGGUCCGCGGGGUUCACAGGACGCAGCAUAACGUGACCGGGCUACACCCCGAGAGGGAGUACAGGUUCCGGGUCAGAGCCGAGAUUAAAUACGGACUUAGCGGACCUACGGAGCCGGUGAUUGUCAAGAAGAGAGCAGGUGCUCCCGUUCUUCACCAUGAGGAACCCAUCGUGUCGGACAUCUUCCCAGGAUCGGUCCGGUUGUCGUGGCGACCGGCCGAGGUUCCGUUCUCGGCGCGUGACUCCGGUCCGGUGAACUACACAAUCUUUGUCCAGGAACAUCCCGACUCCACGUGGCAGCCGUACAUCCGACGUAUCCCCUACAACAGCUACAGCAUCGUCGGACUGUUGCCGAGGCAGGGAUACUCGUUCCGCAUCGAGGCCGAGAACGAUUACGGGACAAGCCGGCCCAGCAUGCCGGUGACGCUUCCACGGUUACCAGACUACCACGAACCAGCGAACUACCCAGUGUUUGAAGACAUCGAGCCUUCCGCCAUCAAACUGUCAUGGCGACGACCUGAAAGACCUUCAUACGAUGUGAAACCAAUCACAUUCGCCGUCGAGAGGUACCGCCCCAUUGAACACAAGUGGGAAUCCCUGGCAACAAGACUUCCCGAGCCGUCGUACAGAGUUACGGACCUUGAUCGCUACCAUGAAAACAUAUUUCGCCUGCGCAUGGAAACCGAGCAUGGACUGGGCGAACCCUCUCUUCCCAUUUCUUAUUCGAGAAGAAGAGUUCUUCCACACGUUCCUGUCGAAAGACCUGAAAUCUACGAUAUUCAACUGGACUCGGUCAAGGUUUCGUGGCGUCCGGUCUACUUUGCAAAUGUCCCGGUGCCGGUGGAUUACUGCCUGGAGGCCCGGGAGCUGCCGAACCCGAACUGGCGCACCCUGGUUCACAGUACCAGUGAUCUCAGCUAUGAAGUGCAGGGACUAAAACCGAACAGCAACUACGCGUUUAGAGUGAGAUCCGUGCAAGACGAUGGAACAACGAGUGAACCGUCCACUCCGGUUUACUUAUACAGAUCUGCAGUGAUACCACAUCUGCCUCUGACAUCAUAUGAAAUCGAUGAAGUCGAGGACGACGCGAUUAAUCUCAAAUGGAAACGCGUCGACAUCCCAUCAUUUGACUAUGAAGACGACGACCUCACUUUCAUGAUUGAAGGACAGCAGUACCCCGACUACAACUGGCGCCCUCUGGCAAGGGGGAUAACUGGCACUUCGCACAGACUGACCGGAUUGGAGCCUGAGCGGAAUUACGUGUUUCGGAUCCGAGGGGAAUCAGCGUACGGCUUGACGACGCCCACUCCAGAUAUACCUCUGUACAGAAGACCAAUCCGACCAGGUGUUCCGAUCGUCCGACCAACCAUCGAAGAUGAUGAGCCAUACACCGCCCGUCUACGCUGGCAACCGGCUCACAUCCGUCCAUACCUGCCAAGUGAGAAGACAACCUAUCUGAUAGAGAUGCAGGAGCCGCCACGUCGUCAAUGGCGACCGAUUGCACAGGAUGUCACGACGACGAACUAUCAGAUCAAAGAACUCAGUCCAAGGAAGGAUUACCUGUUCAGAAUCCGAGCCAAGUCUCCGGCAGGGGAUAUCAGUGAACCGACGCCACCGAUUCCUUACUACAAGUACCACUAUUUACGACGAGAGGAAGAUGAGUGGGAUCCAGAUUUCGGAACUCACGUAGCAGAAACAGGUGAGAAUAUUUUAAUACGUUAA